GCAAUAGGGCACUGCACUGUUUUGAUUUUGUAUGGGAUUUUGACGUUUCGUGGCCUUGUUGUUUACAAAAUUUCUGUAAGAGUGAAAGAGAAGGAGAUAAUUUCAUGCACUGCCCUAUUUGGCAUCACUGCUCUUGUUUGUUUUGCCAGAUUUUGCCUGAGCUUGGACCUGAGUGGAUACAAAAUUUCUUUCAGCUCAAAAUAUUAAUUUUGUGUGAUUUCUUUUCGAAUUUCAAAUCAUGUAGCUACCGUUACAAUUUAUAAUCGCGAAUAUUGUUUGAAGUGCAGUUUUCUAAACAAGACAAUACUUCCGAAUAGUCGGAAAAUUAAAGCCAAAACAGGUAAAUGUAAUGUAGCAUCAGUUUGUUGUUCCUCGUUAUAGGGUAAAUUAUCAGAAUCGGACAUACCUUUACAAAUGCAGAAAGUUAAAAAAAAAACUCGUUUCUUGACGAAGAAGUUUUUGAAACGGUGGUGAAGCUGUAUACAUCUUGGUAUACAUUCGUCUGAAACGCGGCGAAUCAGCACAGGUAGGAAUGCCAACGAAUGCAUCUACAGCAGUACUACAACCAAGCACAACCAGGUUUUGCCCGGAAACUAGUGUCACGAUACACAGGGUUGAUUUGAGAUAGUACAGAUUGUAGGGGAUUCGGUAUACCUCAGAACCCUGCGGUUGAUAACAACUAACCUGGACAUGCUCUUGGAGCAGGUGACCGAGUUCUUCCGGUAUAGAAGGCAGUACUAUCAACAGGUGUUCAGAUAAUCCACUAUCGCCCACGAUCGUAGAUCUGGUAAUGGAAACGCUUCUAGACACAGCAAUGAUAACGAGAAUCGAAUUUAAAACUCGAGUGCUGAAAGAGUAUGUAAACAUCUUAACCAAUACCACACAAGAAUCCAGUUCACGGUGAAGGUGGAAAACGAAGGACUUAUCCUGUUUCUAGACCUGCUACAGGUCCGAAAUACUUAUCAGACAGUAAAAACAGUGGUUAUUCUUCUUGGCAUAAUGCUUUAACCGGGGCAAAGUCUGCUUCUCUGCCUGGUGUUCUAUGAGGACUUUCUGCGUGUGGCAGGCACGUGGAUACUCUAUAUAUGUCCAAGGAAGUCAAGGAUCCAGUCAGUUUUUGAACUACAACUCGGCGCACAGGCACAGCAUGAAACAAAAGGUGAAUGCAGCAUCCAACUUCAUUCGAAGAGUCAAGACGUUUGCCACGAACAUCGAUGAACUCACAACGACAAAUCAGAUCAUUUCUGGCGUUCGAUUUGAAUAGGUCCUAAGUUUGCUGUGAUUCCUAUGUAGAUUCGACCUAUUUUAGAAAAUUUUUCUCACAGUAGAAAUUGAACAACUCUAUCCCCAGAGUAAAUGAUCGCCCGAAGGAACGUCCGAUUGCAAUCACCAAUGAUGAUGAAAACCAGAGUGAUCCAGAGUCUAGCCAGCCACCACUCCGACAUAGCUGAAUUUCUGAACUGUCUCCUUUGUAAACCAAAAUUUCAAACUGCAUGGAAAGGGGAGACGUAUCCUACGUCAAAACAUCGCUAUGUCGGAUUGUCUAACGUGCACCAACUCCACUCUUGACGGUGGUCUAGUGGUCGUGAUAGGUACCAAUAGGGAGGUCCAGAACGCACUGUGCAAGCACUUUUGGUUCGGCGAUGAUCAAUACCUCCAGGGUGUGCUUUGCUUCCCUUGUUGGCAAAAGAUUGAAGCUUUCCACCGGUUCUAUUGCGAAGUGAGAAAGCUCCAUGCUCGUCCUUUGUGCUAUCCAGCGUCGAUAGGAUUGAAACAGGAAAGCCAUCCCGCUGAACAGGCAGGCGACAGCACAGUGAACGAUUUCGUACUUGAAGUUCCCGCGGAACAUGUAGGCGACAGCACAGUGGUUGAAAACAACGAAAUAUAUUCGAUUAAGUAUGAAAAUCCUCAAGUUGAUGUGGCCCCGGAACCUUCAGAGCAGCAAAGCAAAAACAUAGAAGCCGAAGAUGAUGGAGGUGUGAAUGAAAAUGAAGCUGAUAAGCCGCUACCUUCAAAAAAGCGGGGUAAAAAACGUCCAAGACUGCGGAAAAGCGAAAAAGAUGCGGUUCAGGAAUACGUGUCACGGAAUUUGUCCUUAACCUGCGAUAUUUGCUCGGAACGGAGCGAAAGUUUCGAACUUUUGCAAAGGCAUUCCAUGAUGGAGCACGACAAGACGGCAACAGUAGAGUGCUGCAAUGCCAAGUUCUCCGAUGUAAGUCGAUUCGUCAAUCACAUCCAAUACCAUCUGGAUCCGGAUCUAUUCAAAUGCGAGCACUGUAGCAAGCAGUGUAUGACUCGAUAUGCACUCAAGAAGCACCUGCGAAUGGAUCAUAAUGCGAACCCAGAUAAGCCCAUGAGUGUUAAGGAGGAAAUCGAACUCAGCGUAAUGAGGACGGAAGAUGUGGACGAAGAACCGAGCGGCGCGCAGAAAAGUGAUGCUUCAGAACAUAUGAACACUUCCGAAGAUGAAGAAGAUGAAGACGCUAACGCUAGUAGGCAAAACAAUAAGAAAUUCAAAAACAGUUUGAAAUUAACGGCGAAGGAAAAAGCCCAAGUCCAGAUGUUUGUGGAGAAGAACCGAAAACUGGAUUGCGACAUGUGCUCAGAGCGAUACUCGCGAUUCAAGGACUUGCAGAAGCACUCCAUAGAGAAACACAGUAUGCUCAGAACGGGACUUUGUUGCAACCGAAAGUUCCGGGAAAACUCGCAAUUCGUUGCCCACAUACUACACCAUAUCAAUCCGGAGCGCUUCAAGUGUACCGAAUGUACGAGAAUAUGUCCCAGCUGGCCAGCACUGAUAGGACACAUGCAAUGGAUGCACACGCCAGGGGGCAAAAAAAAAUAUCCCUGUCCAGUAUGUGAGCAAAAGUUUCGCACCAGGCCGGCUGCUAUGCGUCACGCUGAACAACACGGAGAACCAGUUACACCAACUGAUGACGACGUUAUUGAUAAGAUACUCGCGGACAAUUUCAACCUCCAAUGUGAUACAUGCCAGAAACAGUAUGACUCGUAUCGAGCCUUACAGAAGCAUUCGACGGCCGAACACGCAAAAUUGGUGGUUGUAACUUGCUGCAAGAAACGAAUGUGUCGGCCAUCGGAACUCGUUGAUCAUUACAAAUACCAUCAGGAUCCAACUGCUUUUACGUGUAAAAUAUGCCUCAAACCCUGGCACAGCGCGAGAGCGUUGAGACGCCACCUGAGGAAUACGCACGGGAUAAGUAGCAAAAGGCAUUAGAACUGCGAAGGGAUUCUGAGCAAGUUGGAUACUAGAACAGGACAGGACUUGCGAGAAACCAAAAAAUACAACAGGUUUCGGUUUA